AUGGCAUGGAUGCCGCAGUCCGACGCGUCCGAGAUCCCUCCUCGCCCACCAUUGAACUCGCAACAAUCGAGCUCCCUCCCCUCGACCCCUUACCAACAUGCGCGCACUCUCUCGUUUCACUCCCGGACGCCGUCCCCCGCCCGCGGAAGCACCUCACCCCGUUCGACGCACUCCGAAUCCAUACACCUACCUCCCUCGACUCGAAAACCGGCGCCUGUUUGUAAAUAUGAGACGGCCAUGGCUUAUUUUCGAAGACGAAUACCGUAUAGCAUGGGGUCCGAUAUAUUGCCGGAGGAGAAGGAGGCAUUGAAAGAGAAACUUACGCCGGAGGAGGAGAAGAAAUUGACGGAAGACAUCGAGGAACUCUACGAGCGUUUAUUACCUUCGGCGGAGAGCGACGACCGACGGCGGCAACUGGUCGCUAAACUAGAGAAGCUUUUUAACGAACAAUGGCCUGGGCACGAAAUCAAAGCGAAGGUCUUUGGCUCCUCGGGAAAUAAGCUGUGCUCUAGCGACUCGGAUGUGGACAUUUGUAUCACGACCGAUUACAAGGCGCUGGAGCAUGUGUGUCUGCUAGCAGAGGUUUUGGCGAAGCAUGGGAUGGAACGAGUCGUCUGUGUUUCUCAUGCCAAGGUUCCUAUUGUGAAAAUUUGGGACCCGGAGCUGAGAUUGGCGUGCGACAUGAACGUGAACAACACCCUGGCCUUGGAAAACACUCGCAUGAUCCGGACAUAUGUCGACUGUGAUCGGCGGGUACGGGUAUUGGCGAUGGUGGUCAAGCAUUGGACGAAACGACGGAUUCUCAAUGAUGCAGCGCUCGGAAGCACAUUGAGUUCUUACACCUGGAUCUGUCUGAUCAUCAAUUUUUUGCAAACAAGGAACCCGCCCAUCGUUCCCAGUCUGCAAGCUCGCCCUCAUCAGAAAAAGGCUACCCCCGACGGGGUGGUCUAUUCGUUCGAUGAUGAUCUCGACACGUUGCAGCAAUUUGGUCAGAAGAACAGGGAGACUUCGGGCCAAUUGUUGUUUGCGUUUUUCCGCUACUAUGGUCAUGAGUUGAAUUACGAGAAAAACGUCAUUUCGGUACGUGAGGGUGGGUUGGUUUCCAAGGAUGUCAAAGGCUGGACCUUCUCGUUGAACAAUCGGCUUUGUGUGGAGGAGCCCUUCAACACAUCGAGGAACUUGGGGAACACGGCAGAUGAUACGUCAUUCCGAGGCUUGCAUAUCGAGUUGCGGAGAGCCUUUGGGUAUAUUGCGAAGGGUGAUUUAGCUGGUUGCUGUGAACAAUUCGAGUUUCCACCGGAGGAAGAGCGAACAUGGGAACGACCACCGCCCCAACCACGACCGACCCUCACACCUUCUGUACCCACACGCGGUGGCCGGGGUGGCGGACGGGGAGGCAGGUUUCAGAAUCAGUUUUCUCGAGGUGGAUUUGCUGGUGGCCGUCGGACAUCCAAUACGGGCAGGGUCAACUCCUCUCGUCAGCAGAGUACGAAUGGCAACAAUCCGUCUGACUUGUCUCUACAUGCUCAGCAGCAAGCACAGUUCCUGUUGCAUGAUCAGCUCUAUCAACAAAUCCAGCUUCUUCAGGCGCAGGAACAGGAGCUAAGGAUGCAGCUGCACAAUCAAGCAUUGAUCACCGGGCGGCCUCCGCCUGUUUUCCUUCGUCAGCCCUUCAUCCAGUUUCCUAUGCCUCAGCAACAGGAAUUCUCAGCAGAUGAAAACUCGCGUUCAAGAUCUGAAACUGUGAAUCAGCCACCACUUACUCCUUUGACGCCAACGUCCCAAAGGCUGUCCUUUGUCAACCCAACGUACGCUUCAGUGAGUGCUGCGGGCACACAAGGUGCCGUGACCAACCCUUCGUCGCCUUCUGCCUCUUCCGCUGUCCCCGACCUUCCCUGCGCGGCCGCAGAAUUCCCCCUCCAGCAUUUUGUGCCGCUUUACGCAAUCCCACAGCCUCUGGAUCCUUCAUUUGAUUUGAAGGGACGGUCAGCUCCUGAGCCAUCAGAAGGUGGAGAAGGCAGUGGGGAUGAGAGCGCAAUGCCCCCAAAUAGUCUUCCCAGCAACGGGUCUCGCUCAGACUCUGUGGACGAAGGACGGACUCAGGAAGUGAUGGGUUAUUACCUUACCCCUCAACAACUGCAGCUCUAUCAGCAGAAUGCGAUGGCAUCACCUAUGGGGCUUGCACUUCAAAAUGGCUACACACACUUUUUGCCAGUUCAGCCGGAUUAUAGGUCUUCUGGGCUCUCAUCGGAUGGACAAAGCACCCGGGCUGACCAGUCGCCUACACCAGCUCCGCUGAGAUCAUCGUCGCAGCCGAAACGCUCGUCUUCCUCGCGACCUGCAGCUUCUUCUGGACCUCUGAUUGUGGAUGGCUCGGUACCUCCGAAUCCUAGUGCAACAAGUGAACACUGCCCUACGUAUGCGUCUGACCUGAUUGAUCCUUACUCCGCGGUAACUCACUACACGUCAACAUCCGAUGACCAUACCAUCAACACGCCCGCUAGCUUCUCUGAUUCCUUGUCGCAAGACUUCCAAGAUUCGGGUCCGUUUGAUAUAGAUCAGACUCCAGUCUCCACCCGGCCGUUCGAGACCCCGAAGACGAGCAGUACCAAUGGCGAGUCACAGAAAGGAAACGCAAAUGGUCAGCCAGAGCUCCUGGCAAGCCGAUUGCAGAAUUUCCAUUUGUCGAACGCCGAAAAGCUUGCUCGGUCACAUUCUACCAAGUCCAACUCCGAACGACACAGGAAUGGAGCCCAUUCUGGGAAGGACCACACUCAUUCCAAGAGCUCCACGUCCAACGAUAAGGCUACAGGCUCGCACCAAGGAAACGAGACUCGCCAGCAGAACUCAUCCUCGAAGCGGAAGACCAACGGAGCAGACUCUUCGGAGAAAGCCAACGGGGUCAAUCACGGUCACAAACCCAAGCAGAGGGGCCGGCAUGAUGCAUCGCAUAACGGGUCAUCUCACGGGGAUACCAAGGACCACCCGCUUCGGAAAGGUGGUGCCAACGGCACGCCCGAGGCCAAUCACGGCUGGCAGACGACGAAGAAAAAGAACCGUCGGAGCGGCAAACCAUCUGCAGAACCUCGUAACGGGACAAACGGCCCCGAACCUCUUCCCACGGACGAAGCGCUGCGUAAAGGCGGUUAA